AUGUCGCAGACUUCUGCGUAUUUCCCUCUGGCCACGGACGAUUCGUGGCAGGGCCAAUCCGGCAGCAUCACUGCGCAAGACGGAACCGACGCCGGUGCCGCGGGCGACAGCUCUGCCAAUUCCAUUACCCUCUCGACCGGAGCCCUGAUUGCCAUCAUCAUCGUUGUUGUGGUUGUUAUCCUGAUCGGCAUAACAACCGCUACCCUCUUCUUCAUUGCCAAGAAACGUGAAUGGACCAUCAAGGAGACCAUUAGAAGAUCAACGAAAAAGGUUGCAACCGCUCUUACUCCAAGGCGAUCUGAAUUCCCCCGCUCUGUCAAAGGCUCAACACGCUCCAACCGACGUGGACGAACCAAGCUCGACGAAGUGCCUCCAACCCCUCGACUUCGACCUGAAGAUUUGGAAAAAGGCUUGGCUCGCAGCGAGAGCAAAUCCAUCCCACAAAAGACUGGCGGAAAGUAA